AACUGCACGUCUGCUCGACGAUAGCACACCCACCAACCUCCCACACGCCCCUGGGUACAGCCACCACCCCUGGAAGACACUCUCCCUCUCGUCGACUCGCUCCCGCGCUCCGCCCCGUCAUCCGCCGCCGCAAUGCUCCGAACAACACCUCUUCUCCGUCAAUCCCUGACCAGUCUGUCCUCCGCGCGCAAUCACACCCUCCAGCAAGUGCGAUGUGCGCACGCUAUUUCUAACCCGACUUUGGCCAACAUUGAGAAGCGAUGGGAGGCCAUGCCACCACAAGAGCAGGCCGAUCUCUGGAUGGCGCUGCGAGACCGUAUGAAGGUGGACUGGAAUGAGCUCACGGUACAGGAAAAGAAGGCCGCAUACUGGAUCGCUUUCGGACCACACGGACCUCGUGCGCAGACUCCUCCUGGCGAGAACACAAAGGUUUUUGCCUACACUGUCGUCGGUGUCCUCGCUGCUGCUGCCAUCUUUGGCUUCUCUCGACACUUUGCACGUGGAAAGCCAAGUACUUUGAACAAGGAAUGGCAGGAGGCCUCGAACGAGUACUUCAAGGAAAACAAAAUCGAGCCAAUCACUUUUAUUGGCGGCGAGGAUUACAAAGGAAAGGGUCUCGUGCAAUCACCGCCCAAGGGCAAGGACGAGUAGGCCCAGACUCAGGGGAGACGCGGCUCGCCGUAUCGUGUGUUGUACCACUUGUGAACAUAGACUGGAUGAAACGCACAUCUGAUGCAACUGUACUCUCUUCCCUUGCGUUAACUGUAGAACGAGUGUAGAUCCGGCACAGGCCCGAGUAUAGAGAGAUGAACAGGGAAGCAAGUUGAUCCGACGACCACUGUCCCACGAGCCGUAGUGCCACGAUAUGUACAGAGAAGAAGCACCCUCACUCUAG